UUUUCAUUCUGUUGUAACAAUAGAAACUAUUUUGUAUAUAAUAUGGACCAUCCAAGUCCGGCUAAACCAGAUGCAUCUGUCGAAUUAACACCAUCGACGACCGCAAUCGAUACGUCAAACGAUACGAAGCGUCGAAGUUCAUCUCGAUCGAUAAAAAGGAAGCGUUUUGAUGAUGAAAUUGUUCAGUAUAGCAUUGGAGUACCAUCGACACAAAUAAAUCGAAUUGGUCGAUCUCGAAGGCAAUCCACAGCAUCGGCUGCAAAUACACUAUCCACGAGUACAGUACCAUCAACAAUCUCUUCGCCACAAGCACAUAAAAUAAGCAACGAAACGGCUGUGACUGUGGCAACAAUACCACAAACUACAACGAUAACAGUACCGCCAGUAACAACAACAACAACGGCAACAACAGCAGCAGCAGUAUCAUCUGCAUCAAUAAUAGCAGCAACAUCACCAACGACAACAACAACUACACCAAGUGCCGAACCACCAUUGAUACGGGAACCAAUCAAAAGUGAAUCAGUGCAACAAAAUAACACAUCACCGAUACAACAACAAGUGAAUAUUUGCACAACGCCAGUACCACUGACAACCGUUAAUUCAACAAUGAUUCCACAAACACCAUCGAUACAAACAACGAUACAAACAGUACCGUCGGCCGUUUCAUCGCCAGCACCAUUGCCCGAAAAACGACGAUCAGCUAAAACAAUGUCAAGCUCGAAGAAAAAUAAAAAACACAAAAAAGGCGAAGAAACGCAAAACAAGGGACUGGGACGAUGGAAACCAAUUGAUGAUUUAUCAUUGAUUAUCGGCAUUCAACAAACGAACGAUUUACGAAUGGUUCAUCAAGCUGUAAAAUUUUCAUGUAAAUUCACAUUUCAAGAGAUGCAAAAUCGUUGGUAUUCAUUGUUAUAUGAUGAACCUAUUUCACGCAUUGCCGUUGCGGCGAUGCGUAAUUUACAUCCAGAAGUGGUAGAGAGCGUACAUGCAAAAGCAUUGUAUACAACACAAGAAGAAGAAUUACUUGGCACCAUUAAAAGUACCGAUGCACCAAAUCAAGAAACAUUUCAACAAUUACUUGACAAAAAUGCGCAUACAUUUUAUCCGGCACGAACGGCCAAAGCGCUGUGGAACCAUUGGAAUUUGAUGAAACAAUAUAUGCUAUUGCCAGAUCAACAAAUCUUACCCAAUAAAAAUCCAUUCACAUUUUCCGCAUUACCCGAUGGUGAUCCAAAUAUAAAUUUUUCGGAUCAAGAGGAUAAAUUGAACGAUGCCGAUUUGACUGAAGUACGAGAUGAAGCGCUCGAAUUAGAAUUAGCAUUGGCCGAUCGCAAGUGUAAAAAGGAAAUUCGUCAUUUGGAGAAUGAACUACCCAGAUGGACGGUACUAGUCGAUUCAAUCACAGGCAUUGGCAUCCAUCCUGAAUUUGAUAAUCAUACAUUGGCCGUAUUGCGGGGUCGUCUUGUCCGUUAUUUAAUGCGAUCUAGAGAAAUAACACUGGGCAGAAAGUCAGAAUAUGAUAAUGUCGAUGUUGAUUUACUGUUGGAGGGUCCAGCUCAAAAAGUGUCACGUCGACAAGGCACUAUUAAAUUACGAAGCAACGGUGAUUUUUUCAUAACAAACGAAGGAAAACGGCCACUUUUCAUCGAUGGCGUACCAUUAUUGAAUGGCAACAAAACGAAACUUAAUAACAACUGUACCAUCGAAAUUGCUGGACUUCGUGUUGUAUUCAUGAUAAAUGUUGAGUUGAUCAAUGCGAUUCGGCAGGAGAGCGCCAAAAUGAACGGAGCAUUAAAUUAGGAUUAAUGAUUUUCUGUAUGAAGAAAAAAAAAAGAAUUAAAAAAACAAUUUUUUUGUUUCGAAUUUAUAAAUAAUAUAUAACAAGAGUGUUUGUUAUAUAACAAGAGUGUUUACAAAAGCAAAUAAAUGCAAACAAUGUAGA